AUGAAUAUCACAAACAAGAAUGGUGGCGAAAGCAUUGAAAUUACAGCAAUUGGGUUUCCAACAAUUUGUGCACCCCUUCCUUCGAAGGUAAACGUAAGUGACUAUUCACAUCUCGAUGGCUUGGAACUUGCAGACUUUGACUGUGAAAACAACAACGAUGGCGACAACAUUGAUAUUUUAGUGGGUGCAGACCACUAUUGGGACAUAGUUACUGGCGACGUCAUGCGAGGAGAAAAUGGACCAACUGCAGUGAGUAGCAAAUUGGGUUGGCUUUUAUCGGGAUGCGCGAAGCAUCUUCAGCCGGACGGCUAUACAUUUAACAACCUUAUUUUAGCAGGAGAACGGUUCGACAACUCCAGUACGGUGACUGAUGACGAUGAGUUAACCACGUCGUUAAGGCGUUUCUUGGAAGCAGAGAGUGUAGGCGUUGAUUCCAUUGAUUCAGAGAUUCCUUUAAAGGAACAAAGCUUUGUUCGCGAUAUUCGAUAUACAGGGACACGCUAUGAGAUCAGUCUUCCAUGGAAAGAACAUCGCCCAGACAUCGAGGAUGAUUAUGAGCUAUGUCGUAAUCGGCUAAAAUCGUUACAACAGAAGUUACUUAAGUAUCCAAGUCUUCUUGAAGAGUACAACAAGAAUAUAGAAGAGCAAUUAGCAACGGGAGUCAUUGAAGAGGUCCAGCCUUCGAAUAAAGAUCAGGACAUUCAUUAUCUUCCUCAUCACUGUGUAAUCCGGAAAGACAAGGUUACCACGAAAUUACGCGUCGUGUACGACGGGUCAGCUACCACAGAAAAGCGGAACUAUUCAUUAAACGACUGUUUGCUUACUGGUCCAAACCUCAUCCCGCAAAUAUUUGAUAUGCUGGUGAAGUUCAGACAAAAUCCAGUUGGACUGGUGGCAGACAUUGAGAAAGCAUUUCUAAUGAUCGGAAUAAGCGAAGAAGAUCGAGAUAUGCUGAGAUUUCUAUGGUUCAAGGAUGCGAGGGAUCCACAUUCCGAAAUUCUGAAGCUUAGGUUUUGUCGAUUGGUUUUCGGUCUAAGACCCUCACCGGCUAUUCUGGGAGCCACCAUUCAUCAUCAUCUCGACUCGCAUCAGAAGCAGAAACCCGAAAUUGUGGAACAUUUAAAGAAAUCGCUAUAUGUAGAUGACUUCGUAUCGGGGGCCGAGAAUGACGAGGAAGCACUUACGAUAUACAAAGGUACGAAGGAGUUAAUGAGCAGUGGAGGAUUCAACUUACGAAAAUGGAGUUCGAACUCCAAACACCUUGCUACGAUCAUCGACGAGUUGGAAGAUAAGAGAGCCAAGGAUUCAACCAAUGCAUCGCCCAAGGUUGUUCAGGACGACUUGACAUUUGCGAAGUCAACAAUUGCCAAAGAAUCCACAGUCGAAGAGCCCACACAAGUCAAGGUCCUAGGAACUGCAUGGGACACAGUCGCAGAUGCGUUCUGUUCAACUUGGAAGAGUUAA